CACGUCCUAGACCAGCCAGGAAACCGUGGCUCUGUUUCUCAGAGUUGGUAUUUAACCAAACAUCUCGCUCUAACCAAGAGCCGGAGCCUCAAAAAAGACAACCUCUGUGGGAGAAGCUUGGGGACCAGAGCCCAGGCUCAGAGGGGAGACCAUAAUGGAGUCUGGCUUCACCUCCAAGGACACAUAUCUGAGUCACUUUAACCCUCGGGCUUAUCUGGAAAAAUAUUAUAACUUUGAGUCCAGAAACUCUGCGGAAAACCAGAUCCUUAAGCAUCUGCUGAAAACCCUUUACAAGAUAUUCUGCCUUGAUGGUGUGAAGGGGGACCUGCUGAUCGACAUCGGCUCUGGCCCCACCAUCUAUCAGCUCCUCUCUGCUUGUGAGUCCUUCAAGGACAUCAUCGCUUCUGACUACACUGACCAGAACCUGGUGGAGCUGGAAAAGUGGCUGAAGAAAGAUCCAGGGGCCUUUGACUGGUCCCCGGUGGUGAGCUACGUGUGCAAGCUGGAAGGAGACAGAGUCAAGGUCCCGGAGAAAGAGGAGAAGUUGAGACGCGCUGUGAAGCAGGUGGUGAAGUGUGAUGUGACGCAGAGCCGGCCCCUGGGCAUCACGUCCCUGCCAGCUGCAGACUGUCUGCUCAGCACCCUGUGCCUGGAUGCUGCCUGCCCUGACCUGCCCACCUACCAAGUAGCACUCAGGAACCUGGGGGGCCUGCUAAAACCCGGGGGUGUCCUGGUGCUGGUGGACGCCCUGAAGAGUAGCUACUACAUGAUUGGGGAGCAACGAUUCUCCAGUCUGUGCCUAGGCCGAGAGGCCAUCGAGGCUGCUGUGACAGAGGCUGGCUAUGCCAUCGAACAUUUUGAUGUCAUCUCACAGGGCUACUCGCUGGCCAACAAUGAGGGACUUUUUGUCCUAGUGGGGCGGAAGUUGGACAGAGCCACAUGAUGCCACGCACUGGCCAUUAAAGCAGCUACUGUGACUUUGUGUGCCUGGGUGAUUUCUGGGAACA